AUGGAAGACGCGCCUGCGCCCUAUAGCCCACAACUCCGUGCAGUCCUGCAAGAUCUUAACAGGGAAGUGCGGCAAUUCGACAUCCGCUUGGUCGAAGCCAACCUGACCGACGACGUCAGGGCCCUCUGUGACAGGCUGUACGAUUUGGAGGCCGAAUCAGCGGCCCAGCGGACGGAGAUCGCCCGCUUGCACACUCGUCUGCAUCGCUUAGAGGACGAGCUAGGGCAAGGGCGUGGCUGGUUGGUUCUUCUCGCUGACAGGACCACCGCUUUGGAGGAAGCCACUCAGAAGCUUGCCAUCAAGGAUCUGGUUUUGACCAUGGACGUUUCGGAAGCUUUUGGUGGUGAUGCGCCAGCUUUGCCUUCCAGCAGGGUUGCUGACUCAGAUGCAGAGGAAGCUUUUGAACCCAGGAGUAAGCUUCGACGUGCAUCCAGCGGUGAUCAAUCCUGGCAGCUUAUAGAGCAGAACCAGCCGGUGCCCGAGAAUGCAUCCUUUCAUGGGUGGGGCACAACGGGCGCCAGCCCACAGUUGCUCGGCUCCGUAUCGCUUUCCCUGGCAACGCCGAGACCAGUUCAGCCCUCAACAACAGCUUUGCGAGCACCUUCAGAGUUACACCCGCCUGCCUUUCGUGAGCCGAUCGCCGGCUUGGUCACCAGCAAGGAUAAUCAUCAGGCGUGCGAUGAACGCAACAAGGUACUUUUCGACCAGCUUUGUGCAUCGCAUGGUGCCUACAGCGAGGUGCUGCAACAGCUUUCAGGGAGUCGCGAGGGCGCAGUGAUCAAGUCUCGGCUGCUCAGCAAGGUGAGUGACACCACGGCGGCCCGCUACCUUCGCUCAGUCCAGCUUUUCUUUUGUGCCUUUGAGGAGCUGGGUGGCAACAUGGAGUCCAUCGACCAAGGUCUCUUCCUUGAUGCUUUCUUCGCUUUAUCUCGAGGCUCCGAACCAGGCCCCCUUUCCAACAGCAUCAAUGUGCUCAAGGCGCUGCGCUGGUACAAGAAGCUUCUUUCACUUGCAUGCCUCCCAGACCUGUACGGCACAGCUUUCAGUCUCCUCUCCAAUCCGUCUGGCCAGGAGAAACGAGAGAGCAUACCACUGCCGCUUUCUUUUGUGGCCUUCCUUGAGCGCACCCUGCUUUCAGGCACAGCCAGCUUGAUGGACACCAUCUGGGCGGGGUCGUUCUUGGUGGCAAUCGGUGCGAGCCUCCGCUUCGCGGACGCCCAGCACGUCCGCUGGAGCUCACUUUGUGUGAGCCAUUUCACUUUACGGGGAAUAUGCUACAGAACCAAGACCACCAAAGGCGGAUGCCCCUUUGGUCUUCUCAGCUUCGGCCCCUUUUCGUCCGCUGAGGAAUGGGGGCUGACUUGGCUCCCCCGCUGGUUGGGAGCAUUGGACAAGGUUUGGUCCGACCUCCGCUCCCGCUUUGGGGCCCAGCCGGAACCAGAUUGCAUGUUUUUCCUCUUAAGUGAUGCAGGCUUUGCUCCGGCCACCUAUUCACAGGCCCUUCAGAAGUUGCGCCACUGGCUGACGCUUUCAGGGAUAGAGAAGCACCAAGCUUCUCAAUAUACGCUUCACAGCUUGAAGACGACCUUCCUUUCGUGGAUGUCUCAGCUUUCUAUCCCACUGGCGUCCCGCUUUCUACAGGGACAUCAUAAAACCCCUGGCUCGGCCCAGCUUUAUUCACGGGACGACGUAUGGCCAGCCCUGAGAACGCAGCUUCUUUUGUGGCGGUCGAUCCACUCCGGCUUCCGUCCUGCCAGGCCGCAACACCGAGGUGGACAAUCACCGCUUGCCGAGCCCCCCUUCGAGACGGCGGGGUUCCAAUGGGACGCCUUCAUCCCGGACCUUACAUGUUUCUCGCUUGGCAGUGAUUUCCAAUCAUUCCUUGCCCUGGAACAACAGGUCGACCACUUCGAGGACUCAGAUGCCGAUGAUGCAGGCCCGGCUCGCCCUUCAGCGAUGGUCGCAUCCACUUUGGAGGAGCAGCCGCUUGAAGCUCCAUCUUUUCAAACUUCCCGCACAAACUGCAGGGAGGUGCGGAUGCCCAAUGCCAGGUUCGAUGUCACCCCGCUUGUGGAUGCAUCUCAGAAUUUUCCGCUUUUGCGCAUUUGCCGCCUGCUGAGAGGGCCACUUUUUGAAGCGAAUGGAAGGAGACCCGCUUCUUCCUUCCACAACGCCGGCACCCGCUUUGGCAGCAGCACCUUCGCUUCGAGCACCGUGAUCGACCCCAUCGGGGACUCUAUCGCUGCCGAAGAUUACGGGACACCGGCCGCUUUUACGUCUUCUCCCUCGCCUGCUGCACCCACUUUGGAGGCACGAGCGGAGCCUAAAGCAGCCACCGGUGGCGAGAGCGCCCCCACGGGAGCCACUUCAGCUGCUCAGGGAGACGAGGCCAACGCCGAGGCCACGGGUGACGGGGUCACGAACGCCAAACGCUGGCAACGUGAACCCGAGGUCAAGGAACCGCCGCCGCGACCUCCUUCGUCGCCCGCUUUGGCGUCGACCACCCCAAAGGCCGGGGUACCGCUGCUGAAGUCGAAGAGCAUGGCUACGCCCGCUCCACCCGCUUCGGUGGCCACUACACCCCCGGCGGCUACGCCCAGCGCCCCUCCCGCUUCCAAGGCCCCGCCACCGCCGCUUGUGGAGGAGGGCACCACGGGCGGAAGCUCGGGAAACACAGGGCAACAGCCGCCCGCUUCAACACCACAGCGCGAGAUAGCCCCGCUUCUCGCUAGUGAUGCCCCAGCCUCCCGCUUGGGACGACUAUCUAUGAUAGCGAAGGCCGGGCCACUUUGCAGCUGGUUCAAUUGUGGGCAUGCCGCCGCCAGUGUUCCCAAUGCGCUCAGGGAGGCCACUUCGCAGUGGAACCACGGCCAAGAUGAGUGGGGCCAGAGCCAGACCGCUUGGGAGGACUCGCCCGCUUGGAGCUCCUGGAACUGGUCUGGUCUCUUCGACAUGUCCGACUUCUCGCAGCUCGUGUCGGACUGCAACGUACCUCUUGCGGUGGCCUCUCUGCUUUCGGCGUUUGACACCGCUUUGUACGCACGUGCUUGCACAACUUCUUCCGAGCUAGAAGAAUUGAUCACCCACUUUAUGACCGAAGCCGCGGUGACAGAAGCAGCGGAACGCUUUAUCACUAAAGCGUCGUUGCGCCUGCUUUUCUUCAAAUGCCGGCAGUCGGAAGGCAUGGCAUCCUUAGAAGCCACGCCCAGUGCUGCUCUCCCGCUUGGAGAAGCGCCUUCAACAGCUGUGCCAACCGCUCCGGCCGCAGUCCCGCUUUCUAGCUCAUGGCAGGAGGCUUGGCCUGCAAAACUCAGCGGCGAACGCACCGCAGCGCUUAGGAAAAGGUUCGAGGAGGAUUACCCCACUGAACUCCUCGAUGCCGAGAGCUUUCCGAGCGCCCGCUUGUUGGCCCUUACCAAUAAGAUGCUUUCAGAAAAGGAAGUGCGAUGGAUUCCCUGGAAGUACCGCUUAAGUGCAAGGGCGCAAGAAGACAGCCUGCUUAUCAGGCCCAAGAAACAGGCCCGCUUUGACCUCGCGGAGUUCUUCUUCGACGAGGGGGCACACCUAGGCUCCCUGAAACUCUACAACAAAAAGUUCACCCGCAUUUGCUUCACCAAAUACGAGGCCUCCGCCAACCUACGGGGCCCCACUACGAUGGAAGCCCAGGCAGCUGAUCGCCGAUGUUGGGAAAUCAUCGCCGACUUAGUCAAUGUGCAUCAUUGGAAGCUAGAUGAUGCGCUUCACGAAGUGGCGGAGGUGCGCUCUGAUUUGCACAGCUUACUUGCGCCCAGGCCAUUCAUACCCAAACCCAAGCACGACCCGGACAACAGCUGGAAGGCCGGCGCCAAAGGCAACGGUCGUGGAGGCAAAGGCGGGGGCCGUGGCGGCAAAGGCCGCGAUGGCAAAGGCGAGAAGGGAGAGCGCUUCGAGCGAGGCGGGAAAGGUGGCAAAGGCAAGGACAACAAGCAGGCGACGCCUCCCGGAAAAUGGCUUUCAACCAUCUUCAUGGAUGGCAAGCGCCAGACUCUUUGCAUGCGCUACCAGAGCGGUCAGUGCAAGGACCCAGCCACGUGCCGCUAUGUGCACAGAUGCGCAGUGCCCAAGAAUGAAACCCACUUCAGCGACCAGCGGGACAUCGCUGAGGAGGUCACAGUUGUCCCGCUUUCAGUGCCUGCUCAACCUUCAGGUUCAGCAGGGGCAACCUCGGCACUGCCCAAGGCUGGUGCCCCAGUAUCCAGUGCAUCUUUGGCAAUCAGUGAAGGCUCCCUCGACUUCGCUACCUGCUUGGAGCUUUUAGCGCAGUACUUUUCCAUUCCCUUCAUUGAUGCCGCAGGCCCCACCGACAAUGCCAUUGACGCUUCCGGAGCAUAUUUCAACCUGGGAGCUUUCUCCUUUGAUAACGGCACCAGGUCGGGGAUAUUUCAGCGCACUGAACAAUUUUCCGAUGUACUUCGUUUCUUGAACGCUUUCAUGCAGCUUCAGUUCCCGGGUGCCUCUUGGAGCUCCUUGUGCGUGAGUCACAACGUUCGUACUCGCUUACACACGGAUGCUGGCAACGCUUCAGGAACACUCAAUCACACAGUUUCACUCGGCAAUUUCAGCGGAGGUGAGAUCUGGAUUAGCCCAGCUUUGGACCCUUCUGCUGCCAACAUCCCGGCCCCAUUGGAGGCCUCAUCCGAGGCCUACAGAGCGGAAGAUGCAAGCAAAGGUGAAUUGCGCGACACCUGGCAUUCACCGCUUUCCUUUAGCUGUGAAUCACUCCAUUGUACGAUGCCAAUCCAAGGAGACAGGUGGGUAUUGACUGCCUACACUUGCAGGAACCUACACAGCUUCGACACGAAGUCGCUGGCACAUUUAAGGUCACUGGGGUUCCCAUUGCCUCCAGUACCUACAACACUUCCUCAGGCUGUACCCUCUGCACCGAAGGACAACACGCACGUCGAGAUCUUCUUAGAUAUCUGCUGUGGUGCCUCUCACCCACUUACCACGGCGAUCUCAUCAUGUGGCAUCAUAUGUUUGCCCAUUGAUCUGCUUGGUGAGGAGCAGCUGGACCUCUUGCACGACGACACGUACGAUCACCUCCUUCGGUUAUGCUUCUCAGGCAUUGUACGUUUUGCUCAUGGAUCUCCGCCAUGCAAAGAGUACUCCCGCUUGAAGCUACGCCCCGGGGGACCUGCUGCUAUCCGAUCCCCGGAACAUCUCAACGGGUUGCCGGGCAAUACAGCUUCACAGCAGGAACGUGUGGUAAGCAGCCAGAAGCUUCUGUAUCGCUGUGUAUGCCUGCUUCGGGCCGCUUUCAACUCAGGUGCACAUGUAUCUCUGGAACAGCCCACGAACGCGAUGUCUUGGCUUGAACCAUUCGUACAGGACAUGCUUGCUGAGAUACAGGCUUCACUGGUCAACAUCCCGGCGUGCUCAGUUGGCCAGAACAUAGCCAAAUCUUGGCUUUUAGCAUGCAGCUUCGAUGAUAUGCGAGCCUUGGCAGGUACAUGCUCUCAUUCGGAGGGUCAUCCUUCUGUGGCCGGCGUCAGGGACGAGCUUGGCAACUUUUUGUCACAGCGCACCGCAGAGUACCCAGCCCAGUUAGCAAACCGCUUUGCUCAGCAGGCGGCUAAACUUUUCUCGUCACGCCGGCCCUCCCACAGUGUUCCAACUUGUUCUUUGGCUUUCGCACUCUCUUCGAUCCCCAAGAAGCCCCGGGCAGCGACACCUACAGCAUCACAGGAUGGAGGUGGCAUCUACUCCUUGCCGGACUGGUCAAUGGGCCCCAGAUACCAGUCUGACAGCUUGCACGAUUUGCGCAAAGAAUGGCAGUCCUGGCUCCUCUCGCACAGGUGGAGGAAUGCCUUCGGCACCGACUUGUCAGCCGCAAACAGCUUGACAAACUUCUCGGUCUCCUCCAGUGGUAUUCAUACAUACUUGGACGACAAGCUCCGCUUCACUGGUAAACCGCCGGGCACCAGCAUUUCAGAAGGGUCCACUUUGUUGUCAGCUCGCCACAAAACAUUGCACAGCAAGGCUGAUCUCGCUUUGGUCCCGGUAAGCACCAAACGCAUGUGGCUUCGGGUUACGGACCCCACUUCAUCCAAGCGACGCCUCUCAGAAUCCAGCAGAGAAACACUUUCUUUCUUUGCCCACUUGAGCUCCAGGGACUGGCGUCCACGGCCGCUUAGACCACCACCCAUGAGCUCAGUGGAAUCAGCAGCCGAUGCCUUCGGCAAAGGCAACGACUGCGGCGUCGGGGGAUGGCUCCUUCUCCCAUGUGGCCGCCUGCUUUGGUUUUCGCAUCGCUACACCGUGCAGGACUUCCUGGAGCUCGGUCUGCCAAUGCAGCCUGACGCCAACUUGGACAUUUCCAGCUAUGAGACGUUGGCACAGUGCUACGUUCUUCUCGCUUUCUGGAAAGCCCAUGGUUCUGGCCGCUUGGCUUUGAAAUUACCAGCUUUGAGCGAUAAUAGUGGCGCUGAAUCGGUGUGUAACAAACUUUACACCUCCAAAGUACCACUUAAUCUUUUCGUUCGCAAGCUUUCGAUGUGGAGCUCCAUUACCGGUGUCACUUUGGACUGCAGCCACAUUGCUGGCGAAAAGAACGACGAUGCAGACCUGCUUUCGCGGUGGGACGGCUGCGCAGAACUUCCGGCCAAGUUUCUGCCAUCAAACCGCAUUGAGCUUUACCUCUCUGAGUUCUGGCAGAUCCGCUUUCAAGUGACACUCUUUCCAGCUGAUACCUUUUUGAAGUGGCAGCUUCCAUCAGCCACCAGAUUGGGCCCGACAAACCGAGGCUCCAAUAAGCGCAAGUAG